AUGAGAAAAGGAGGGAGAGAGAGAGGUGAACAAACGAGAGAGAAGACGAGACGCUUUAAAGACUGCGAGCGAGAUGAGGAAUAUGCAAGGGCGAAGACGGAGAGAUACGAGCAAAGCGCAAAGAAAAAAGCUGCGCCCUGCAAAGACUUUGAAGGCAAGAAAAAGACAAGAAAAGACAGGAAAAAGACGAGAAAAAGACAGGAAGAAGAAAAGAAGAAGAAGAGAAGGAGAAGAAGAAGAAGAAGCAAAGAUAUGAAAGAACAAGAAGAAGGUGAAGAUGAGCUGGAUAUAAGGAGAAAGACACACGAGAAGAGACGAGAUCCCCUCCAGAGAGCCAGGGGUUCCUGCAGCUCUGGCUGGGCCAACCACUCACUGAGCUGCUUUUGCAGGAACCAGCCAGGGGGAGGCCUGCUCUGCUCUGCUCUGCUCUGCUCUGCUCUGCUCACCUCGACUUCCCCCUUAUCUACCACUGACGAAGUACUCCAUCUCCUGCUCGCUUCUACUUCUUUACUUCUUCUACUUCUAUUCUGCUGUCCUUCUUAUUACACACAGCAUGCUCCGAAAGACAGGACAACAAACAUAACCAAGGAAAGGCAGGCGACACCAUGGUCAACGGCUCGACCGCGCGAUGAGCCACCGCAGCACGGCGUCGAGGUUGGUCUCUUCCUUUGCGCUGAUGCCGUAGCAGCUCACCUCGCGCUUCGUGAUGCUCUUCAGCUCCAUCGCGUCGAUCAGCUCGUCGACGCUCAGCACGUCCGGCAGGUCGGACUUGUUGCCCAGCACCAGCAGCGGGAUGCCCUCCAGCGUCGGCUUGCUGACCAGGUCGUGCAGCUCGUCCGUCGCCGCCGGCAGGCUGGCCCUGUCUGCGGCAUCCACGAUGUAUCUACCGCUGAGUUAGCUGCUUCUUCUUCUUCUUCUUCUUCUUCCUUCGGGUUAAGGAUGACAUACACAAUGGCGUUGACUCCGCGGCAAUAUCGCUCCCACAUCGGCCGGAAGCGAGGCUGGCCUCCCAGAUCCCAGCUGCUCUAG